AUACCAAAUCCAAAUAAACCCAUCCAUCCACAAGCAUUUGCACCACUUAUCUCUAAUUUACACAAUGAAAAAUCUUUCCAUCUUCGUCAUCUUCGGCCUCUUAGCCUCUUUCUCACAUGCCAUAGAACUCGACUUUUGUGUCGGAGAUACUUCUCUCCCUAGAGGACCAGAAGGAUACGCUUGUAAAGAUCCUGCUAGUGUCACAACUGACGAUUUCGUUUACACUGGUUUCCGUGGUGAAAGAACCACCACAAAUGUAUUUGGGAAUAAUGUUACUCUAGCAUUUUCAGAUGCAUUCCCAGCGUUAAAUGGGUUAGGCAUCUCCAUGGCAAGGUUAGACUUUGGCGUAGGCGGAGUGAUCCCUCUACACUCCCAUCGUACGUCGGAAGUUCUUAUUUUGAUCAAAGGUUCAAUCAUUGCAGGAUUUAUUGAUACAAACAAUACUGCAUACUAUAAAAGGUUAGAGGUCGGUGAUGUCAUGGUCUUUCCACAAGCCAUGCUUCACUUCCAGGUAAAUGUUGGAAAAACUCCUGCUACUGCAUUUGUUAGUCUGAAUGGAGCAAACCCAGCAUUACAACUCACUACUCCCUCCUUGUUUGCUGGCAAUUUACCUGCUAAGAUAGCCGAGCAAAUCACACUCCUAAGUCAUAAGGAAGUAAUGAGGAUGAAAAGAAUGUUCGGCACCGCUUGAUAAAUCCUCUCCUUAAUUUCCCUUUCCGAUAUGUAUUCUUUAUGUCACAUAGUUUCAUCUUUUAGUUUAUUAUCAGAUAAACUUUUGAUUUAUUUCAACGUUCAAGUUAGUAAACUUUUAAUUAUACAUUGUACUUCUUCCGUUUCUCAAUA